CCCUAUGUAUGUAAGCAAUGUGGGAAAGCUUUUACCAGACCUCGAUUUUGUAAGGAACAUGAAAGAAUUCACACUGGAGAGAAACCAUAUGUAUGUAAGCAAUGUGGGAAAGCUUUUACCAGACCUGGAUUUUGUAAGGAACAUGAAAGAAUUCACACUGGAGAGAAACCAUAUGUAUGUAAGCAAUGUGGGAAAGCUUUUAACACAUGGGGAUACUGUAAGCAACAUGAAAGAAUUCACACUGGAGAGAAACCCUACGUAUGUAAGCAAUGUGGGAAAGCUUUUAACACACGUGCAAAUUGUAAGGAACAUGAAAGAAUUCACACUGGAGAGAAAACCUAUGUAUGUAAGCAAUGUGGGAAAGCUUUUACCAGACCUGAUCGUUGUAAGGAACAUGAAAGAAUUCACACUGGAGAGAAACUAUAUGCAUGUAAGCAAUGUGGGAAAGUUUUUAACACACGUGCACAUUGUAACGUUCAUGAAAGAAUUCACACUGGAGAGAAACCCUAUGUAUGUAAGCAAUGUGGGAAAGCUUUUACCAGACCUGGACGUUGUAAGGAACAUGAAAGAAUUCACACUGGAGAGAAACCAUAUGUAUGUAAGCAAUGUGGGAAAGCUUUUAACACACGUGCAAAUUGUAAGGUUCAUGAAAGAAUUCACACUGGAGAGAAACCAUAUGUGUGUAAUCAAUGUGGGAAAGCU